AAUUUUCACGUCGUCCCUCCUUUUUAGUGAACUGCCAUGUCUUCAGGAGACGUUGAGAUCCACACGGUGCCCAAGGCAUCGGCGCCGACCGAUGUCAAGCUCAACAAGUUCUCAAGUAUCAUCACGCAGGACAAGCGGCGCGGAGGUGCCCAGGCUAUGUUGUAUGCGGUCGGUCUCUCAGAAGAGGACAUGAACAAACCGCAGAUCGGUAUCUCUCCGAUCUGGUGGGAGGGCAACCCAUGUAACGUCCACCUGCUCGACCUGGCCAUGAAGGUCAAGGAGGGUUGCAAGCAGGAGGGGCUUGUUGGCCUCACAUUCAACACGAUUGGUGUUAGCGAUGCCAUCACUAUGGGUACCGAGGGCAUGAGAUACUCGCUCCCGAGUCGCGACCUCAUUGCAGAUUCUAUCGAAGCGGUUACAUUGGCCCAAUACUAUGAUGGAAAUAUUUCCAUCCCGGGAUGCGACAAGAACAUGCCCGCCACGGUCAUGGCAGCCCUUCGCCACAACCGCCCGACUAUCUGUGUCUACGGGGGAACCAUCCAGCAUGGUGUCCGCAAGGUUGAUUGCCCCGCACUCGGCCACAAACAGGGUGAUGACAUGAACAUCGCUGAUGCGUUCGAGUCGUAUGGUGCCUUUGCGGUCGGCAAGAUCAGCGAAGAGGAACGCUUCGACGUCGUCCGUAAUUCGUGCCCGGGCGCUGGUGCGUGCGGAGGCAUGUUCACUGCCAACACCAUGUCGAGCGCCCUAGAAGUCCUGGGCAUGUCCCUGCCGUACUCUGCGAGUACGCCGGCCACUUAUCCGGAGAAGAUCCAGGAGUGUAUCAAGGCCGCGGCGUACAUGAAGCGUCUGCUUGAGCUGGAUCUGAAGCCCAGAGAUAUCAUCACUCGGGGAUCCCUCUUGAACGCGAUCACGGUCGUUAACAUCCUUGGAGGGUCGACAAACUCCGUGCUGCACCUCCUCGCCAUUGCACGUGCCGCCGACGUUGACUUGACCAUCGACGAUUUCCAGACGGUUGCUGACAAGACCCCGUACCUCUGCGAUCUGAAGCCCUCAGGAAAGUACUUGAUGGAGAACCUGCACGAAGUGGGCGGUAUCCCCGCGCUGCUCAAGUACCUCCUGAACCACACGGACCUCAUCGAUGGCAGCCAGUUGACCGUCACCGGCAAGACCAUCGCGGAGAACCUGGAAGGCGUCGCAGAGCUCGACAUCGCCAACCAGGACGUUGUGAAGCCGCUGGAAAACCCGAUCAAGAAGACGGGCCAUAUCACCAUUCUCCGUGGCAACCUCGCACCUGGAACGGCUGUCGCAAAGCUUACGGGCAAGGAGGGUCUCCGCUUCGAGGGCACCGCGAAAUGCUUCGAUGAGCUGCCUAGCUUCUAUGACGCGCUCGAGGCAGGUCAGAUCACGGCAGGCACAGUCCUCAUUUUCCGCUACCAGGGCCCUAAGGGUGCGCCCGGCAUGCCCGAGAUGCUGGGGCCGACCGGUGCACUCAUGGGUGCGGGCCUGGGCGGCAAGACCGCGCUGAUCACGGACGGGCGGUUCUCCGGCGCGUCGCGCGGGUUCAUCAUCGGGCACGUCGUGCCGGAGGCGCAGGUCGGCGGACCGAUCGCGCUCGUGCAGGACGGCGACCGCAUCGUGAUCGACGCGGCGACACGCUCAAUCAACUGGCUGGUCGACGAGGCGGAGCAGGCGCGCCGCCAAGCCGCGUUGGACGCCGCGGGCCCGCGCGAGUUCCGCGUGAAGCGCGGUAUCCUGCUGCGCUAUGCACGCGAUGUCGCGCCGGCGUCGGUGGGCGCAUACUGUGAUUGAGGCGCCGAUGGCACCAUGGGCGGUACCGAGCGAAAUUGUGUAACAGUUACUGCAAUGUAUAGAUAUGUAAUCGUGUAUGCCCAUGAAAUCACCUGU